AUGCUUAGUCUCAGGUUUAAGUUGAAGGUAGGACUAAGGCGUAAGUUUGGGUUCAAUCUACUAUAAGGCUUAGACACAAGCCAAAGCUUAAUCUCUCAAGCUCAGGCUAAAGCUCAGGCUAAUGCUCAGACUCAGACUAAAGUUCACGCUUUCGCUAAUUCUCAGGCUCAAGCUCAGGCUUAUGUUCAGGAUCAAGAUCAAAGUCAGAUUCAGACUCAAGCUGAAGCUCACAAUCAUGCCCAGGUCAAAGCUCAACCAAAAGCUCAAUGUAAAGCUCAAGCUCAGGUUUAAGUUCAGACUCAGGCUCAUACUAAGGCUAACUCUCAGGCUCAGGCACAGGCUCAGGUUUAAGCCCAGGGUCAGCCUCAAGCUUAGACUCAGGCUCAUGCUUAAGCUCAGGCUCUUGCUAAUGCUCAGGUUCAGAUUCAGACUCAAGCUCCGAUUCAGGCUCAAUCUCAAGCUCAGACUGAGGUUCAGCUUCAGACAAAGACUCAAGUUCAAGCUUAG